AUGUCUGAUGAUAAGAAGAAUGAGAAUCUGGUGAAGUUAUGCGGGCGAAAGCUGACGGAGUUGUACAAAUUCGCCACGCCCGAGGAGAUUUUUAAUUUUCUCAAAGAGGUUUGCAGCAAGCCUGAAAUGUUUGAUAUUCAAGAUGUUGAGAUACAGAAACAGUUGGGGGUUGUUUACACCAAUUUCAUAUCCCUGUGUGGGCCUGACAAUAAGAAUUAUACCGGCACUGGAAUCACGCCAGAGCAGCAUAUCUACCGAAUGAGAACACCUGAAGCCGACCUUGAUCCUAAACCUGAAGGCUGGUCUCUUUUUAAUGUCAAAAAAGAUUGGAAACUAGACGGCCCUUAUUUCUGGACAACUGAGAAAGAUUCUACGAGGAUCAAAGAACCAUAUUGGUCACACUAUGAUCUACUUGGACUCUUCCUCUCACUCAUGGGUCCUGCACAGCCUGGUGCGACCAAAUUAACCUUCUUUUUGCCUCUAACAGCAGUAUAUGCACGAUGGUGUUUAAUCAUCGGAGGCAAGGCAACGAGGGAAGAAGUUGUCGACGGAAAGAAGGAGAAACGAACGAUAGGGACUGGCGUUGGGGUAACUCCGACAAUUGCCCAAUGCACCUGGCGCCUUUCCAAAGGUGAAAAGGGUGGGUACGAGUUUUGCCUGGGGUCAUCACUGGCAGGAUACAGUUAUAAAGGAAAGGAGGGAGUGGUUGGUACCUGGCAGAGAAGACUGCAAAUGGGGCGUUUCAAUCUUCUCAGAGGCUACAAUUAUAUCGACCAGAUGCCGUGGGAAGCCGAGGUGGACGACCCCGACAAUCCUGGUCAAAAGAAAACAGUGGACGUGUUUUGGAAAUUUGACAAUUCUCCAGUAAUCAGUGCUGGUGGAAAUUCAAAAACCCACUUUGGUAACUGUGGAGAAACGUAUCCGUUCUUGCAGGUCUUCGGCCAAUGGAGCAAUGGCAAGCGCAGCGAUAUUAGCGGACUGGCCCUCUAUAAGAAUUUCUUGAAUGACAAGGAUAUGUGGGAGGACAUUUGUAUCGACAAACUCACAAAGGGAAAGUGGAAAGAGAGGGGACCAACGGGUAACAAAGAAGAUGUCUAUGAUAUUGGUUAUUUAUGGCCGCCUUGCGAUAACUGCAAGUAUCUUUUGGAAGUGGCCGGGUUUACCCCUUUGAACCAGACCAACUUCCAGCCGAUAACGGGUGUGUUGGCUGGACCUCCACCCAAACCCCCGAAACCCUGGGAUCCAUGA